GGGCAACUGCACGCACCAAGUCUUUAUUUGGAGAAACUAACCUAUUUGACUUUGACUCCUAAUGAGCAAAGAAAACAGAUGAAUCCAAUUCCACCCCUUCUUUGUAGGCCUCUUUGUUAUUUUUCACUAUAUAAAUCAACUUGCCUGGUUUCUCUUUGAUGCAAUUUAAGUAGGGUUUUAGCCUUCAAUCUUAUGGAUUUAGCCGCACUCAAAACACAGCUCAAGAAUUUUGUUCAAUCCAUGUUUGAAGAGGGAGUGCUUGACAACCAGUUCAGUCAAAUUCAAGCUUUGCAGGAUUCAACUAAUCCCAACUUCGUGGAGGAAGUCAUCACUUUGUUUUGCAAUGAUGCAGAGAGGAUCGUAAAUGAAAUCAACAGAAAUUUGGGUUAUCAGAAUGUUGAUUUUAGCAACCUGGAUUCUUAUGUUCAUCAACUUAAAGGAAGUAGCUCUAGCAUUGGUGCCAAUCGCUUGAAACUUGCUUGUGCUAACCUCCGUCAAGCUUCCGAUGAGCGGAAUAAGGAAGGGUGUUUGCAAGCUUUACAAUUAAUCACAUGCGAAUACUGUCUUUUACGCAGAAAAUUUCAGGCCCUGUUGCAUUUAGAGAGGAGUAUUGUUGAGCUUGAGACCAACCAAAAAUGAAUAAAAUGGAGUGUGCAUUUGGAGGAACAGUUGGGUGGACAUUGUUUCUUCAUUUUGCUUCAACUUCAUCAAUGGCGCUAUGAUAUUGAGUUAUUCUUCAUUUUACAAUAAGCCAUUAAGGAAUAAAUUACUGCUUCUUCUUCUUUUCUGUUUAAUUAUUGUAAAGAAAUCAAAACUUAAGCUCAAAGUGGUUACGGUUAUGGUUAUAUAAGAUAAGAAUGUUUGCAUUUCAUGAA